AUGACAGAUAGUUGGGAUAGAACGAUAUUCGAACAGGAAUUGCAGUCUCUUUUGGACGGCAAACUGCCAGUGUCAGCUUCCAAAAUCACUGCACUUCAAAGUCUUGCAACGAAUCAUCCCCAGCAUCACAACUACAUUACACAUUGCAUUGCUCGAUUUAUUGAAACAGCCCCUCCAGAUUAUCGGUUAGCAGGGCUUUAUGUUAUUGACGCCAUUUCUCGUGCAGUACAUAAGCAACAGAGAAAGAGAGAGGAAAACAAUGAACAGAAAUCACAUGAAUUGGAUGGUUAUUUGAAAAGAUUUGCUAUUGUAUUGAAAGAGGAUUCGUUAAGAGGCUGUUUUGAACCAUGUUCUCAAAAAGACAAGGAAAAGGCGAGAAAAACGCUUGAUUUUUGGGAACAAGGAAAUGUUUACUCGAAAGAUACAAUGGACUACGUGAAAAAUCAUCUUUUCAAUACAGUAACUACUACAAAAGCAGAAGACAAUAAAGCAAAAGUUGAAGUAGAUACUGCGAAACUUUUGGCUACCCUGAGUAAUAUUGGCAAUGGAAGUUUAGCAGCAACUCUAAAUAUUCCUGGUCUAACUGCGUCAUCAGUAUCCCAAUCAACUCCACCAUCACAGCAACAGCCAUUAGGAGACGGAGCACAGGGAUCAUCCACACCUACGACAGAUGAUAAGCAAUUACCACCUGCACUGGCCAAGUUAUUGGGCGGUUUGGUAUCUUCCACUCCGUCUGACGCAUCGACACCGACACCGCCUGCUCUUUUAACGCCUGUUGCCACUGACAUGCCGGCUGCAAAGACGGAAACUCCUAAUCCACCUUCUGAGCCUUCGAAAAGACAAGGUGUCUGGCCUCCUCCUCAAGGACCGUCUAUUCCUCGUAAGUCGCGUUGGAAUCCAACGAAUGAUACUCCUGCGCGUAUGUCUCCAAAGGCUCCUGCUCCUUUCUAUCCUCAGAUGUCUCAACAAGAUCCAGCACAGGCCCCUUACGACCCACAUCAGCCAUCAUCCCAACAGUAUGCAUCCUCUCCUCCCCCUCCUCCCCCUCCACAAGCAAAUACUUUUGCCUAUCCACAGAGACAGUCCUCAUCGUUCAAAGGGGCGCCACCUCAACAUGAUCCAAGCCUUUCUCCCGGUUGCAUAAGAGUGCUUACACGUACUUUAUUCGUUGGACCUAUACCUGAUCAUUUCGAAAGAGAAGAUGUUGAAAGAAACUUUGAGAGAUAUGGCGAAUUAAGGAGCGUGAUUGUAUCCAAGAAAUUCAGAGGAAAACAUAAUGCGUUUUUGAAAUACACGACAAGAGCUGCCACAGAAAGAGCCAAGUAUGAGGCAGAUGGUAUGAGGCUAGAACAUAACCAAGUGAAA